CCUUUUGUGCUUCCCCCCCACCCCUGUAUAGCUAUAAAGUGAACCACCUCCACCUCAUUCAUUUCCCUUCCUUCCCCCCCUUCUUCUUUACUUGCUCUAUCGCAGAUGGAGAAGUUGAGCGUCCACCAAAAGAACACCAAGCAAGCCAAGGCCAAGAAGAAGCCCAUCAAGGUGGUCUACAUCUCCAACCCCAUGAAGGUCAAGGCUACCGCCUCCGAGUUCCGCGACCUCGUCCAGGAGCUCACGGGCCGGGACUCCAAAGUCGCCGACCUCUCCAGGCUCCCCGCCGUCGAGGAUACCGACGACCCCCCUCCGGCCGCCCCUGAGUCAACCACUGGGCCGCCCGCCCAGCCCAACCCUGCACCCACCAAUCGAAGCUCGAACUCAUGCGACAACGCGCUGAAGAGCGUCUCAGGCUCGGGCUUGGAUCCAUAUGAGAUGUUCGACGACCCCUUCAACCCCCAGAUGCUGGAGAAUCUUCAGGGCUUCUCCCCGUCGCCUCUAUACUACGAGCCUCAGAGUCACGUCUUCCGUGACUACGAUGCGCCGUGAGAGCUCGCGAGGUUAAUAAUUAAUCUCUUAAGGUUUGAGUGGUAUGAGAUUGACGAUAUCUUGUUAUGUAACUAUGUUUGUGAUGGUGUUUAUAAAUACAUCGAUCGUAAUUUUAUUGUUUGAUGCACUGCAAUUAAGUAAUUUCGAAAA